UAUUAGUUUUAAAAGUUUAUUUAAUAUACAAUAUUUAUAAUGUUAGGCAAAUUUAUACUAUUUUAUUUGAUUAACUAUAUAUUUGCUGAUUAUUUGCCAUUAGAUGGAAACCAGUGGACAGCAAUUAAUCAAAAUAAAUCUAUUACAACAAAAGCAAGAGUUCCCGGUUCUAUAUAUUCUGAUUUAAGAAAUAAUGGUCAUCUCAAGGAAGGACUUCUUGUAGGUUAUAAUGAUAUCAACUAUAGAUGGGUUGCAAGAGAUAACUGGACUUAUGAGCGAUCAUUUGAUGUUGACUCAAAAUUAUUAAGUAAACAAGUGGUUAAUUUAGUAGCCCAUGGCCUGGACACUGUUAGCAACAUAUAUAUCAAUAAUAAAAAAGUUGGACAAAGUGUCAAUCAAUUUGUCAGAUAUAAGUUUGAUGUUAAGGACGUCCUUAAAGUGGGCACUAAUACCAUACGUGUGGAGUUUGAGUCGGCCCUACAUUAUUCAAGUCGUAUAUCUAAAUGGCAUUUUGAUACAUAUCAUUAUGAAAUAGUAGGAGAAUGUUUCGCAAAGGAAUAUCACGGCGAGUGUCACAAUCAUUUCAUCCGCAAAAUGCCGUCAUCUUAUAGCUGGGAUUGGGGACCGGCAUUUCCAACGGUUGGUAUUUGGAAAUCCAUUGGUAUUGAAGCUAAUGAUAAGGCAAUCAUUAGAGAUAUUACAGUUGUGACGACACCCGACAAAACAAGUGGCACUCAAUGGACUCUUUCAUUAAAAGCAUUUAUAGAGUCGGACUCUCGUAAAAAAAUUGACACUAAAAUAUCGGUGUCAUUGGAUGAUCACUUGCUAAUCACUGACCAAAAACACAGUCUUACGCCGGCAAGUGAUGGCACAGUUAAAGUAGAGUUUACGAUCCCUAUUAAAGAUAUGACAAUCAUUGCUUGGUUUCCCAAUGGAGUGGCAAAUAAUACUCAAAAAUUAUAUAAUCUUAAAGUUUCUCUCGGUUUUGAUGAUUCCAAAGAAAUGUCAGAACAAAGCAAAAGAAUUGGUUUUCGAACCAUUGAAGUCAUACAAAAACCGGUUAAACCUAUUGGACUUACUUUUUAUUUCCAAGUAAACGGUAUACCCUUUUAUGCUAAGGGAACCAAUUGGAUUCCGGCCAACAAUCUUCAAGAGGAUAUUACACCAGAAUAUUUACGUGAACUCAUGGAAUCGGCACAUAAAGCCAACAUGAAUAUGAUGAGGGUAUGGGGUGGAGGUGUCUAUGAGUCCGAUUAUCUCUACCAAUUGGCCGAUGAAUUGGGAAUUAUGAUAUGGCAGGACUACAUGUUCGCCUGUUCAUUAUAUCCAUCGUAUCCCCAAUUCUUAGAAACAGUAGAUCAAGAAGUACUGACACAAGUAAGACGUCUACAACAUCACCCAUCCAUUGCCAUUUGGGCCGGAAAUAAUGAAAAUGAAGUUAUGGUUAGAUUAGGAAAGAAAGAGGACUUUGAACGCCAUAAAAAAGAUUACAUUGAACUCAAUAUCAAUCACAUCCGCAAAAUAAUUCUUGAAGAAGACACGACUCGAACUUUUGUUGGUUCGAGUCCUUCCAAUGGUGACGAAGAGAUUAAAGAAGACUGGAUUUCAAAACAUUCAAGUGAUGAACGUUAUGGUGACACACAUUACUAUAAUUAUGACCGACCUCUUUGGGAUUGGAAGAUCUAUCCAAGUGGUAAAUUUGCCUCAGAAUAUGGAUAUAUUUCCUAUUCAUCAAUCGAGACAUUCUUGACUGUACUCAAUGAAACCGACUUAACGUUUCCAAUCAGUGAUGCUAUGGAGCACAGAGAGCAUCAUCCGGGAGGCACUAAAUCUAUUGAAAAAGAAAUUGGUUAUUAUUUUAAUCAUCCAUCACAUGGAGGUAUUGAGCGAUUUAAUGAUUUGGUAUACUUAUCACAAGUAAUUCAAGCAAUGGCUAUGAAAAUUGAGACAGAGUUUUAUCGGCGAAACCGUCAAAUCGAUGAAAAGACUGGUAAGGGUAAUACAAUGGGUGCUCUUUACUGGCAGAUCAACGACAUAUGGCCGGCACCGACCUGGGCUUCCAUCGAGUUCGGCGGCAAAUGGAAAAUAUUACAGUCUUAUGCCAUCGAUUUCCUCAAGAAUAAUAUUGUCAGCGUUUAUGAAGACAAUAAUCAAACACUUAAAAUUUCAUUAAUUCGAGACGAUUAUGGAGGGAAAGAAGUUUUUGAUUUAUCUCUUAAAGUUUAUAAGUGGUCAUCAAAUAAACCGGUUCAGGAGCUCAUUGCCAAAUGUCAAAGCAAUCAAGGCUUCUCAGCUGAAGUACUAUUUUCGCAUUCAAUUCCUGAUUUGUUGACCAAAUCUGGUUGUGCCGACCGAAGUGAAUGUGUUGUCAAAGUAGAUAUUCCUCACUUUCAGACAUCGAGUUUUAUGCUAUUAAAUGAACCAAAAAACUCGAAAUUAGUUAAACCAAACAUAAAGUUGGUUUCAGUGAAGAGAAAAUCACAUUUAGAUGAUAAACAACAAGUGUUUGACAUAACUCUUUCCAGUGAAGCGAUCGCACCAUUUGUUGGAUUGGAUUUUAAAUUAAAAUCUGGAAUAAAAGGAAAUUUCAUUGAAAACGGAUUUUUCAUAUUUGACGGAAUGAAGACAAUCACAUUUGAGACCAAAUCUAAUGUUACCGAAAAACAAAUCAAAGAUAAUCUGCUAUUUAAAACAGUGACUGAUGUGUUGUAAAUGUUAUGAAAAAAUAUUCAUUUCAAUAAAAUAAUUACAGUAUAAUUUUCAUAUAUAA